AUGCUUGUAAACAAGAGACAUACUAUUACAUCUAUUGAUGAAACAGCACCUUUUAAUGAAAUUGCAGAAUUAGUAUUUCAUGUUGAGGUUAAUAGGGAAGAGCGAAAUUUUAACUCAGAUGGUAAUGUGCGCCUAUUAAUGAUGGACUCUGAUAAUGGAAGAAAAGUGAGGCUCUUUGGAGUCGAUAUAAUAAAUGAAAUACCUGUACAUGAAGAGGAGGCAGUUAGUACGGAUUCUCAAUUACCAGGACCUGCACCAUAUAGGAUGAGGAGUUGGAUAAUGCGGAAGUUGUUGGUUUGGAGCCGCCAGAGGAUGAGGAGGCGGAUAAUGAGGAAAUUAUUGGUUUGGAGCUGCCAGGGGAUGAGGAGGCGGAUAAUGAGGAAGUUAUUGGUUUGGAGCCGCCAGAGGAUGAGGAGUCGGAUAAUGAGGAAGUUAUUGUACUAUCACGUACGGCCUUUGAGGAGGUCUUGGGAUCAAGGACAGAUGAAAAUAGAUCUGCAGCUAAUAAUCAUGAAUCUGGUGAAACCUUGGCUAGUAACCAGCAAACAAUCUGUGAUGCCAAUAUGCAAUUGGAAGGACAAUCUGGCCCUUCCAUGGUAA